AUGGGUAACUUCCGAUAUAUUAUACUCUUUGCUUCCACCAUUUCCUCAACAUUCAUCUACAGUAAUCGUGUCGUUUUUGGCUUUACGGUGAUAUGUCAGGAGCCGGAGAAUAAGAGCAGCAACAUCACAUUGAAUGAUUACUACCUUGCCGAUCCCACAGCAAAAGCAUGGAUGUUCUCAGCGACGGCUGUUGGCAUGUGUUUGGGACCCAUUCCACUUUAUUGGGCAUACAAAUUCGACACGAGAUUUCUUUCCACUUCUGAAAUGUCGUUGAUUGUUGAAGGACGAAAAGCUGUGACAAAGAAAUCUCCAGUUCCAUACUUGGAUCUUUUCGCGGAUGUCACAAUAUGGACGAGUUUCAUAAUGUUCAUAGGUUACUACGUUGGUAUGAUAAUCUAUCAGCAAUACAGCCCAACAUUUAUUAAACAGGUUUUGAACUAUACAGUUCGAGAAACUGGGUAUUUCGCUGCUAUUCCAAUGAUCUUUGCCAUCAUAUUAAAAGUAGGGAUAGGAAAAGUUAUAGAUCAUGGACUUGGACUAAGUGCAAAGUGGAGGUUAGCAGCUCCGCUGCUGGUGCUGGAAACUCUAAGUGCUGCUUCCAUUUUUCUAACAGGAUUUCGUGGUGCUCAACAUGCGCAUUUUGCUCUCAAUUUUAAUAUGUUUAUAGCUGGAUUUGUUCAAAUCCUCCUACCAGGAGGAGUACAAUUAUUAGUACCGGACAACACGAAGGACCAGUGGGCUACUCUUUUCUAUGGUCUAGCUGCUAUGAUUAUGGCUACGACAACACUUUAUCUGUUUUGUACAACAGCAAAAGCAGCUCCAUGGACGAUUGAAACAUCUACAGUACGAAAAGAAGAUGUGAUAUGUUCUACUGUGCCUAGUUGUAGUAAAAUUCAAGUAUAG